AAGACUUGACAGAGAGAUGUCUUCUUUAGUUGGAAUAGUAUUGGAGGGUAAACUCAAAGAAAGAGGGUAUUGAGAGUGGAGGUGGAUUGUAAAAUUCUAAAUAUAGAAAUUUCAAUUUAACACGAUUUGAAUAAUGAAAUCCCAAUAAUACUCAAGAUAAAUAAGACAGAUAGUUAAUUAGGGGAGAUGAUAAUCGGGAUAAUGAUUUGAUGUCAUUGGAUGACAUCUAUAUAUCCUGGAAUAAUUAAAAAUGAUAAAUAUUAAUAAUUUAUGAGCAAACUUGAUAAUCUAAAAGUAAUUGUCUUUAUAUGAAAUCAGAACCUCUAAAUAUAGUAGCUUAAGGAAGUGAAUCCAGAACACGGUGAUUAGGCAGCUGCAGUAAAGUUCACAUCGAAUCGUUUAAAUGCCCUUGAAAAAUUUGUUAGAGAUUCCUUACAUUAAGAUAAGGAGUACUUUGCAGGAGAAGUAAUCUAAUUAGUGAUUUUUAGAAAUCCACACUUUAAAAUAUUAUUGAGACAUUAACAACUGAGAAUAAUAGACUCCUAUAACAUUUACAAGUGAACCGAGAAUAAAAAUAAUAAGUAAUUAUCAUGAAUAUAUCUGUUAGAUUGAGGCAGACCUAAAAAUAUCACAAGAGGAAAUUGUUAGAUUACAAGCAAUAGUUCCAUAACAUGAUGAAAAACAACUUCAAAAUGAGAUUCAGGAGACCAAGAAGACUAUUGUAAGGCUGAACAAAAUGAGAUAGGAUGAAGCCAAUGGAUUGAAUAUUAAUGAUUUAAGUAAAUACCAUUCUAAUUUUAUAGAGCAAUUGAACAUCAAGAACAAAGAUAAGGAGAGUCCUGUCAACGAAUUGUGGAUUUGGUCUUUGGUUGUGAUUUAUAAAGAACCAGCCUCAAGUUAUUAUUGGAACAAUUUCAAAGUAUAUAUAUAGAAUUGAAAUAUCUUUUUAGGGAUAAGUGUUUGAGAACGCAGAAGGUGCUCAAGACUUCAAAGAUAGAUUGGGAAGAGUUAAAGCUGUGGACAUGAAAAAAGAUGAGUUUGAAAGAACCCAAAAUUUAUUGAAACAAAGGGAAUAGAUUUUAGCAGCAGAGAUCUUGACACCUGCAAUCAAAACCUAAAUUGCCAGUUUCUUUAAGAUAGUGGAUUUGAUGAUAGAAGUAGAGAGACAUUCCAAAUUGAUUCACAAUAACGAAAAAUUGUUGCAAUAAGUUAUAUUUCAAAUUUAUAAUAGCUUGCUAAUGAGAAACAAUAAAUAUAAUCAGAGACCAACAAAAAUUAGGACAAGGCCUAAAUCUUAAGGGAUAGAAUAACAUUCUUAGACACCAUUCAUAAGGGCUAUCAAUUCAUGUACGAUGCGAUGGUCAAAAAGAUCCACAGUUAUCAACAAGCCUAAAUUUUGAAUGAUAAAUUUACAGAACAAAUAGAGCAAAGUUUUAGCAAUCUAGAUUUCUCUAAAAGUUACGAUCAAGUAAAACCGGUCAAUCUAUUUUUAGUAAUAUGUUCCUUAAAUAGUACAAACUAUUUAACAUGAGAAUAUUGAGAAUUAAGACAAACAAUAAAUCAAAGUCUAAUAAGUUGUAGUUGAGGAGUAGCAAUAACAAAAUCAAUAAAAGGUUAAUGUGAUUGAAGUGAAAUAAACACCAUAGGAGGAGUAGAUAGAUUUGUAAUUCACAGUUUAUUAUCUCAUUUUAGAUAACAAUAACCACCGACAGAAAUUGUCCAAACGAAGACUGGAGGAUGUGAGGCCUGCAAUAUUUUUUGAGAG